AUGGAGACCAAGAAUAUGCCUCUACUCCAAACCGUGCACGCCUGUUUGCACCUCAGACUGCCAGGAAACGAUGCAUUGGAGAGCGAGCAAGGAGUGCCUCUUCCACGCUCCCCUGUCGCUAACAAAAUCCAGUUUUUGUCUUUAUUUUCAGACUUUUUUGACAGUCUUUCAGACAGCCGCACCUUGAAGGCCACGUUGGAAUACCAAAUUCGAUCUAGCAAUACUCUUUUGCAAACGUUGCAGAGGAGCAGUAAUGUGUUUGACGAAACGGUUGAGCGGCGCAUUCGCCAUGAAUCUGACGCGAUGGAGUCGCGAUUUGCGCGUCUUGAAGGCAAGGUCGACGAUGCAAUUCGCCGCAUGGACGAAGCGAUUGCUAGCUUGGCAAACGAAUCAACCCAAAAUGCAGCUAACAACAAAACUGUAUCGCCGGAAAAAUAG